AUGUCCCUCCUCCGGUCCUGCCAGCAGGCCGUCCCCAAGGGCGGCCUCGCUCGCACCGUCCUCGCUGCCCCUCGCUCCUACAGCACCACCAGCCAGCCAACUACCCCCCAAACGACCGACCCCAAGUCUGAGUCCGGCGUUGCCCACAUCCCUGCUCGCGACGUCGUGACCGCCGAUGUCGUCAGCGGAGCUCCCACGGAGCUCCGUCACCGCGCUGUGCGCAUCUUCCAGCCCACUCGCAGCACCACCCAGAGCGGUGCCGGCAAGUCCAACCGCUGGCGCAUCGACUGGGACAUCCUCCAGGGUGGUGGUCGUUGGGAGAAUCCCUUGAUGGGUUGGGCAAGCUCUGCGGACUACAUGCAGGGCACUCGGCUCUCCUUCCGCACCAAGGAGGAUGCGAUUCACUUUGCCGAGAAACAGGGCUGGGAUUACUAUGUCGCCCAGACAGAGGUUAACCGCAUCCCCCCUAAGAAUUACUCGGAGAACUAUUUGUACAGGCCCAAUACGCUUCGUAUCAUGCGUACGAAGUAG